ACGGACUUGACAGUACAGAGGAGUGUGCGCAGCCUGGACAAGUACGGAGUUUAUAGAAUAAGUAGACAUAUGUCCUCUACUGCGAAGUUGGUCCUAAUCUCGUCCUGCAUAGCGUCAGCCGGCAUUAUAGGCUAUGUCCACUAUAAGCAGACUGCCGAUAGGCGGAAGUUGCACGAGGGUGUACUCAAAGAUAUCGAAAGGCAACAACGGCGCAAGCUAGAAAAUACGUACAUGCUGCAGCAGCAAAUUGAUUUGACUAAGAAGCUAAAAAAAGAUUUAAUCGAACGCCAAAAAACUUAAAGAGUUCACUUGUUAGUGUAUAAACGUUUUCAAAAUGUGUAUUUCAAUCUAAAAAGAUUUUACCCGAUGGAAAAUUUGCGGAUAUUAAUUGUUCCCUGAAUCAGAAGUUAGACCUAGUUUCAUAGUAAUUUAUAUAGGAUAUCACCAAUCGAUACAGCUUACGGAGCAGUAUAUGCUCGUUACACUCAAUUUUAUAAGGUUUAAUCAUCUAGGUAAAAUUUGAAUUAUUUCAGGGAUUUAGUAUUAAAUAUAAUUAGUACUAAAAGUA